UCUGCGUAAUCUCGUUUCUCGUGGCCUCCACAUCUUGCUUGCAGCUCCGCUUCUUUUGGCCGCAUCAGAAAAAAGAAAGAAAAACGAGGGGCUUCUUCCCGAAUCCAGAUGGUGCCCGGCUGACGGAUCGCCCAUCUUCUACGCCUACCUUGCAAGUUUGCAAGUUUUUAGGCAGCUUCUGCCCUGCUCAUUCCACUUUCCUUUCUGAAGAUUGCGAUCCGUUGGUUCCGUUGCUUCUUUGUUGGGCUUUCUUGGCUUGCUUGCAAGGCUGGUUUUGUCUUGCUUCCUGUUUAUGUUCGUGCCGUUGAGCUAAUAGGACAGGUGGAAGGGGGUACGCAUCUGUAUCUUGACUUCUCCUCUCCCCAUUUCAGAAUUGGAGAUAAGGCAAUAAUACCAGCCGGCCUUCUUCCUGGCUGCAGUUAUAGUUGUGGCGAAACCAAAUUCAGAUUCACUCAUGGGCUCCUCAAGUGGAUGCAGAAGCAAAAUGGGCACCACAAAACCCUUGGGGAUUCAACUAUUCGAGUGUGUCCGAGGGGGUCCUCUGUCCUUCAGAUCAUCCCAGGCUCUCGUGUUGAUACUGACCUUCCUGUCGUACGCUAGCUACCAUGCCACGAGGAAAACUACGAGCAUUGUCAAGAGUGUUCUUGAUCCUAAGACAGCAAAUGUAGGCAUGUUGCACUGGCCAAGCAAUCUGUAUCUCCAACAUCUAAACAAAGCAGAGAACAACAACACUGCUAUCCACAAUGGCUGGGCUCCGUUUAAUGGCGACGGUGGCACCGCGUUGCUCGGCGAGAUCGACCUGGCUUUCCUUGGGGUCUAUGCGAUUGGCAUGUUCUUCGCUGGCCAUUUGGGUGACCGAGUGGAUCUGAGGAUCCUUCUGACCAUCGGAAUGGUAGGAACCGGGCUGUUCACCGCUGCUUUCGGAGCCGGCUACUGGUUCAACAUACACAGCUUCUACUACUUCCUGGGCGUCCAGAUGAUCGCCGGCCUGUUUCAGUCAUCCGGCUGGCCUUCCGUCGUCGCCGUAGUCGGCAACUGGUUUGGGAAGAGCAAGAGGGGCCUGAUCAUGGGGAUCUGGAACGCUCAUACAUCUGUGGGAAACAUAUCCGGGUCUCUGAUCGCGGCCGCGAUGCUCAAGUUCGGAUGGUGUUGGUCGUUCGCAGUGCCCGGCGCCAUGAUCGCUUUGGUUGGGAUCGCCGUGUUUCUCUUCUUGCCCGUCGGUCCAGAGGUGAUUGGGAUCGAGGAGGAUCGCCGUGUGAAGGAUUCCGAGAAGGAUGACAUGGAUGCCCCGCUGCUGGAAAAAAGACAAUCAGAUGCAAGAGACGAGGCAGUGGGGUUCAUUCAGGCAUGGAGAAUCCCUGGCGUCGCUCCGUUUGCUCUCUGCCUCUUCUUCUGCAAGCUUGUCGCCUACACCUUCCUGUACUGGCUCCCCUUUUAUCUCAGCCACACAGCGAUUGGGGGCGAAUAUCUGUCGGACUCUGCCGCGGGGGUGCUGUCGACCCUGUUCGACGUGGGCGGCGUCGUAGGCGGCAUCCUGGCGGGCCACAUCUCGGACCGCCUGGACGCGCGGGCGCUGACGGCGGCGAGCUUCACCUUCUCGGCGAUCCCGGCGCUCUUCUUCUACCGGAUCUACGGGAGCGUCUCGCUGGCCUGGAACGUGGCGCUCAUGUUCCUGACGGGGGUGCUGGUGAACGGGCCGUACGCGCUCAUCACAACGGCCGUCUCCGCCGACCUCGGCACGCACAGCUCGCUCAACGGCAACUCCCGCGCGCUGGCCACCGUGACGGCGAUCAUCGACGGGACCGGGUCCAUCGGCGCCGCGGUCGGGCCGCUGCUGACGGGGUACAUCUCUGCGAAAAGCUGGAGCGGCGUGUUCACGAUGCUCAUGGCGUCGGCGCUCAUCGCCGGGCUGCUGCUGUCGAGGCUCGUCGUGGCGGAGAUCUCCGCGAAGAUGGAGUCACGGAGGGCUGCUGAUCAUGCUAGUGAUCUGCCCGUGUCCUCCUUGGAGGAAGCUUAGGCGCUGGAGAUGGUUGGACACUUGGGACUGUCUCGAUCGAUCUGCUGUGUGCUUUACAUGGAGGAGCGGACACGGCCGACGGGCUGUGAACUUUCGAGGCGUGACAGGAGGAAGAGGGAACUACUCUCCUCUGAUUUGACAACAGGGGUGUAGGGCAGGCGCUCUACUCUUCAGUGUCUGAACUGCAGCACCUCUGGCUUCUGAUGUGCUUGUGUUGUACUGUCUGUGCAUAGGGGAGUGGUUACUAAAUUCGAUUGGAAGUGCGGAUAAUUGCACGGUCUGUUCGUCGACGUCGAGCCGUCCAUCGGCUAUCUAAUGAAAAUGAAACGGUUACAAGACCUCA